AUGCCUAAGAAGAAAAGAGUUAAAUCGGGAAAAAAGCGUGGAGAAAGAUUGAAGACUUCUAGGAAAAAGAAGACAGUGUUAGAAGCUAAAAUAGACAAAUUUUGUGCAGAUGAGGAAAAGUACAUUGACUUUUUAAGGCGUUCAAAUUUGUGGAUAAAAUAUCAUGCAGAGCAAUUAAAAAAUCUUCUUCAUUUAACAGCCCACUACUCAGAUUUCAACUUUACUUAUGAUGAUUUUAAGGCUGCUCUGUUAUCAUUGAAUUGCCCACUUACAAAGUUUGAAAUUGAUGUCAUUACAAGAUUGCUUGAUAAAAAUAAGAAUGGUUUUAUUGACUAUCAGGAUUUAACAUGCAGUUUAACAAAAUUAAGUCUUGAAGAUGGAACUCUAAAAGAAUUAAGUAUUGAAAGAAUAGCAAAAUCAGAUAGAGGGUCGGUUAUUUGCAAGUUUAAUUGUUUAAAUUGUAUGAAUAUUCAUGAAAGUCCAUUACAUUUUGAACAGUUGGUUCCAUUGAAUACAUACACUGAAGGCCUGGUAAACAUUAUUCGUCAUAAAACGUUAUUAUGGUUACCGAAGAUUUCAAUAUUUUUAAGUGUGAAUGCCGAGCCUGCAAGUGAGCUACUACCCGAGUUAAUGUUAAGCGAUUAUGAUAUAAAAAGUGGUGCAAAAUAUGAUGCACCAAAAUUGGACUUAUUUUAUAAACCUACUGGUCAAAUAUUAUCGAACGAUCAUUAUACUGUCGAAUUAUUAGAUACAGUUGACACUCUACAGUCUGAUCCUGUUUUAUGGUCUAAACUUGUUACAGAAAACAUCAAAUUUCAAGAAACUUUAUCACAUAAUUUUCAACUACUUGCUAAUAUAGAUAGUAGUAUAAACCUUUCACGUAAAGUGGCCUUUAGUCUGUAA